AUGGAGCUAGCACCGUCGUGGGCGUCCUUCCUCGCCGUCGUAGUGGCUGGCGCCGCUCUCUUCGUCGUAACCAUUCUCCGGCUCCGCCCGCGCUCCACGCGCAAGUACAGGCUCCCACCGGGCCCCCGGCCAUGGCCGGUGAUCGGCAACCUGAACCUGAUCGGCUCGCUGCCUCACCACUCCAUCCACGAGCUCUCCAAGAGGUAUGGCCCGCUGAUGUCCCUGCAGCUCGGCUCCUUCACCGUCGUCGUCGGGUCGUCGGUCGACAUGGCUAGGUUCUUCCUCAAGACCCACGACCUGGCGUUCAUCGACCGUCCUCAGACGGCGGCCGGCAAGUACACUUCCUACAACUGUGGUAGCCUGUUCUACCAGCCCUACGGCGCGUACUGGCGUCAGGGGCGCAGGCUCUGCCAGACCGAGCUCUUCAAUGCGAGGCGGCUCAUGUCGCUCGAGCACGUCCGCAGCGAGGAGGUGCGCGCCAUGCUGAGAGAUCUGCACGCCGCGGCGUCGUCGCCGUCGGCGGUGGCCGGUUCUUCUGGUGGCCACGUGGUGGCGCUCAAGGAGCACCUCUACAUGGUGAACCUCAACGUCAUCUCGCGCAUAUUGCUAGGCAAGAAGUACAUCGUCGACGGAUCUGGCUCGCCGGCGACACCUGAGGAGUUCAGGUGGUUGAUCGACGAGCAUUUCUUUCUCAACGGCGUGCUCAACAUCGCGGACAUGAUCCCGUGGCUCAGCUGCCUGGACCCGCAGGGGUACAUCAAGAGGAUGAAGAGGUUGGCCAAGAUGUUGGACCGGUUCCUGGAGCACGUGCUGGAUGAGCACAACCAGCGACGGCGGCGAGAAGGCAAGGAUUUCGUUGCCAUGGACAUGAUGGACGUUCUUUUGGAGCUCGCUGACGACCCCAACCUCGAGGUUCCAAUCAAGCGGGAUAAUGUGAAGGCGUUCACUCUAGACUUGAUGGCCGGCGGCACCGAUACCACUUCGGUCACUGUAGAGUGGGCCAUGUCAGAGCUCCUAAGGAAUCCAGAGGUCCUUGCCAAGGCCACUGAGGAGCUAGACCGUGUCAUUGGCCGGGACCGUCUUGUGGCAGAGGGGGACAUUCCAAACCUCCCAUACAUGGAGGCCAUCGUGAAGGAGACCAUGCGCCUGCACCCAGUCGGGCCACUCCUGACUCCGCGGCUGGCUCGGGAGGACGUGUCCGUGGGCAGCUACGACAUCCCGGCAGGCACGCACGUCUUCAUCAACGCCUGGGCCAUCGGCCGCGACCCGGCGGUGUGGGAAGCUCCCAUGGAGUUCCGGCCGGAGCGCUUCGUCGGGAACAGAGUGGACGUGAAGGGGCAUCACUUCGAGCUGCUGCCGUUCGGGUCCGGCCGCCGGAUGUGCCCUGGCAUGGGCCUCGCCCUCAGGAUGGUACCUAUGAUCUUGGCCAACCUGCUGCACGCCUUCGCGUGGAGGCUCCCCGACGGUGUGGCGGCCGAGGAGCUGAGCAUGGAGGAAACAUUCGGGCUCACCGUGCCGCGCUUGGUCCCGCUCGAGGCCCUCGCUGAGCCCAAGCUCCAAGCUCGCCUAUAUGCAGGCCCGUGA